UUUCGCAGUUCUAGUCAUUCACUGUAGACUUCAACUUCGCCAAGCAAAACGAAAGCCAAAUUAAAUCUGAAUAAUGGUACUGACGACUCUUGUUUUACCGAUGAGACUUCGUCGUGAUCUGCACUCUCCUGUUCACAGGACGUGUCGACCAAGAGGACGGUGUCGCAAGAUGAUGAGACGCGAAUCUCCCACCUGUCUCUUCGCUCACAACGGGGGAUCACACCGACAUCGGGGGUACUCUCCCCUCAGCCCCCUCGUCGAAGACCUGUUGGGAAUAUGGAAAGACGUAGCAGGAUUUCCACUAUGCAAAAGUCAAACAACGCUGAAACCGGACUGGAAGGAGACACUGAAUUGUGAAGGGUUUUCACCUGACGAAGUAGAGUUGGAGAUCUCCAAGGGCAAAGUUUGCGUGAGUUGCUGUCAUGAAGAGAAUGAUGGUAGAGGAAAUGUAGAUAUUCGGCAGCUGAAAAAGACAAUAAAUGUUCCCGAAGAUGUUGACUGCGAGAAAUUGAGGGCAUCGUUCAACCGGAGAGCAAUCCUGGUCAUCACAGCGCCGAGAAAACCUGAUGGGGAAGAAAAGAAAGCAGACGCUGCAGCCAAAUCUGUCGAACAUAUGGACCUAGAUUGGCAGAGAGAAGAAGAAGAAUCCUCGUGCAGGGAUUGUGUGGAGGAAGACAAAGGAGAUACAAGCGACUCAUCAGGUGAGGACAUGGAUAUCCAGAAGGUAGAUUCCAUAGACUUAACCCAGGAUGAAGUAGCGGAACAAAAUCCUGAGGCAGAUGUCUGUGUACAGCCAGAAAGCAAACCACUUGACAAUGAUGUCCAAAUAGUAGAAGACAAAUUUGAAGCAGAGGUUACAGAACAGUCAGAAAAUGAAACACUUGAAAAGGAUGUCCAGAUGGUAGGAGAAAAAUUUGAGGAAGAGGUGUCUCUACAUCCAGAAAAUAAAACACUUGACAAGGAUGUCCAGAUGGUAGGAGAAAAAUCUGAGGAAGAGGUGUCUCUACAUCCAGAAAAUAAAACAUUUGACAAAGAUGUGCAGAUGAUAGAAAAAAAGUUGGAGGAAGAGGCGUUAAAACAGCCAGAUGACAUAUCUCAGAAUAUAGCUUCCCAGCCUGAAAUGGUAUGUAAUGCAGAUAACCACAACAAAGAAGAACCAGCCCUCCAGAAAGAGACUGCUGCUGUGGAACCUGAGAACAGGCUGUUUGAAAUCCACGUGGACAUGAAAAACUUCAACCCUGACAGCAUUGAAGUAAAGUUGAAUGGUAAUACCUUGACGAUAUCCGGGAAGCAAGAAGACAAAGAUGAGGCAACAGGAAAGGUUGUUUCUAGCAGAGCUGUGUACAGGCGAUUUGUGAUCCCGGACUAUGUGAACUGUGAUCUACUGACUUCAUCUUUGGACAGCCAAGGCUUGAUGAUCAUCUCGGCUCCUUACAAGUCUGCAGAAGAUCUCGCUGAAAAGGUCAUUCCAAUUUCCGUGCAAUGAAGGAUGAGGUGGAAUUUCUAAAUAGGCUAUUGCAAUAUCAUGGACAGACUCAUCCCAAAUCAUUUGAACUUUAAAAUAUUUGCAACAUAAUUACGUAAUUUCAAUAUUUUUACACAUUUUGUAAUGUCUUCAUUCUUGUUUUGUUAAUAUCUUCAUUCUUGUGUCCAUCAUUUGUCACGUGUCAUUUUGUGUGUUCAUGUGCAUGGUUUCUUAUUACACAAUGCAUAUGUAGAGGUAGAACUUAGAUCUGCCUGUAUACAGUGUAUGUGAUGAAUAUGUUGAAGCAUAAUGUCAGUUUUCAUUUGUUCAACAUUUUACAUGAAUGAGCAGUAUUUUCGAAUGAAAAUAAAAAUAUUCCCAACUUU